AUGAAUCACGCUUUGAGGCGCGCAACGCUUGGAUUAUCUCCAGCUCUACGAGCCACGCGAUCACACUCACAAGCAUUCGCUCAGCACCAAUUACCAGCACUGUACCGAUGCGAAGCUACCCAAACACCGUUCCGACGCGCUUUCACAACUUCAAGAUGCUUCAAGCAAGAAGCGGCUGCUGAGGCUAAAGAUGAGGAUGCUGCCAAAGCUGAGGAAUUGAGUGAAAAGGCGCGCAAGAGGGAAAUGAAAAAGGUCACAACAGGCUCAAGUGCUCAAUCAUUAGAGAAUGAUCGGCCAUGGCACAGAGUAGAUUCACAGGAACCGGACGCGAAGGAUCCCGACAUUCCCGACAAGGCGGACAUGAAAAAGGGACGUCUCUUGACAACCCCAACACGGCUACUGAAGCUCAUCCUCCCGAUGCCGUUUCAUCCCCAGCAGGAACACGUCAACAGACCGGUACAACAAGAUGUCGAAGACAAGGGCGAAACAGUUGAGCCAUUAGCUCUGCUUAUUCACCCCCACCAGCCACUAUCCUACCUCGAGCGAUUGAUUCAGGCCGAGAUCCCUCCUGUCCAGUACAAAGGCCGCGAGAAGCUGCCUGAUAUCGUCUUCCGAGCCGAAGCAGACCAAGAAGAACCGCACGGAAAGAAGGAAGAUGAGAAAAAGAAGAACAACAAUGGAGCUAAUGUCGCUUCCUACUCUGGGCUUGGCCACGAGGGACCUUCCCGUAAAGAGGCAAACUGGGUGCGCUGGAGCGGCAGUACUGAGAUUGGAGACUUUAUCCGAGAUGCUGCUCGUGGAAGAGAGUUUGCGAUUGACGUUGAGGGCUUCGAACAUGAACUCCGAGUCGCCGUGCCUAGUUUUAGAGACCGUACUUACUACAUGCGCAUGAGUUUAAGGCGCACGUCACGCGACAUCGAAUCCAUGUCAAAGUUGAAGAACGAAUGCGAUGCGCUCGCCCACAAGGGAGCUCACCGAUUGGCACAGGGAGGUUUUGCAGCUUUAGCCAGCUGGUGGGGAGUUGUCUACUAUGUCACAUUCCACACUCAAGCAGGAUGGGAUUUGGUCGAGCCAGUCACAUAUCUCGCUGGUCUGACCACUGUCAUGGGUGCCUACCUCUGGUUCCUCUACAUCAGCCGCGAUCUGAGCUACAAGGCUGCCAUGAAGGUGACAGUGUCAAAGCGACAAGCUGCUCUGUACCAGGAGCGCGGUUUCGACCAGGGCAGAUGGGACCAACUGGUGCGCGAUGCCAACGACCUGCGAAGGGAUAUCAAGAUCGUUGCCAGCGAGUACGAUGUUGAAUGGGAUGAGAAAAAGGACCUGGGAGGCGAAGAGGUGAAGAAGGUUCUCGAGGAAGAGCAAAAGGGACGCGACGGUACCAAGAUGACUCAGGACAAAGAUGACGACGGGGAGGAUUCCAAGUCUGAGAAGAUCAAGAAGAAGCAGUAA